CGGGACACGGGGGCGGCUCUUUGCGCGGCUUCCCCCGCUGCGGCUGCGUGUGGCAGCCCGGGAAAGGCGGCCUUCCCCCGGGCGAUGCAUUGCCGUGCCUUGAACCCCCGUGCAGCGGCCUCCGCGCUGCACGGACGGGGCGGUGGAGCCGAGCCGUGCACGGCGGGACGGAGGGAAGGUCCCCGGUCCUCCCGUCCCCCGCAGGGCAGCGUGGAGCAGUCCGGGCGGGCGUUUUCCGCGAUGCACGGAGAAGCGGAGGCGGAGCGGGGGCUUUGGAGCCUGAGCUGCCGUCGCUGUGCUGGGGCCAGGGCUUGCUCGCUUUUCGGAGUGAGACUGGAUGUCAGUGCUGUGCUGGAUGGUUAGUGAGAAAGGCCAAACGCUAAUUCAUACAUCUCUCAGCUUGCUUUUAACAAAGGGAACAACCUGCCUUAUCUUGCUUCCUCACCUGACCAUUGAUCAGAGAACCUGCCGUACACUCGGUCACUGGAGAAGAGAGAUCUGUGCGCUGGAAGGGCUGUGGAGGAGAUAAAUUUCCAGCUGCCUUUGCCACUGCAGUCUCUGUAAAGCUCCAGUGUUCCUGGGUCUACCUCCUCUCUUCCAAGAUGCUGAGAAGAGUCCUGUGUGCAGUGUUGUUUGUGGGAACCUUGCCGUCACUGGCCAAGGGAUCCCAGGGCCACAUCUCAGUGGUCUUGUUGGGAGCCACAGGCGAUUUGGCCAAGAAGUACUUGUGGCAGGGCCUAUUCCAGCUCUACAUGGACCAAGUGAGCAGCGGCCACAGCUUCACGUUCCACGGGGCCGCACUGACAGCUCUGGAGCCGGGGCAGAGGCUGAUGUUCGAUGUGCUGAAGAAGCUGGCCUGUCCCCCAGACGAAGCUCCCAACAGAUGUGCCGUGCUCAAGGACCAAUUCCUGAAGCUGAGCCAAUACCACCAGCUGAAGACUGCUGAAAACUACACGGCACUGAACAGAGAGAUUGAGACGCUGCUUCGCCAGGAGGGGCUGAAGGAGGCUGGAAGGAUCUUCUACUUCUCAGUGCCACCGUUUGCCUACACAGAGAUCGCCCGCCACAUCAACAGCAGCUGCAGACCGCCGCCGGGAGCCUGGCUGCGCGUGGUGCUGGAAAAACCCUUUGGCCAUGACCUGGAGUCAGCCCAGCAGCUGGCGGCCGAGCUGACAAGCUUCUUCAGGGAAGAGGAGAUGUACCGGGUGGACCACUACCUUGGCAAGCAGGCUGUAGCCCAUAUCCUGCCUUUUCGAGAUCAGAACCGUCAGUUUCUGGAUCCAAUUUGGAACCAACAUCAUGUGGAAAGAGUGGAGAUUGUCCUGAAAGAGACUGUGGAUGCUAGAGGCCGCACCAGCUUCUACGAGCAGUACGGAGUCAUCCGGGACGUGCUGCAGAACCAUCUCACGGAGGCUCUGAUGUUCCUGACCAUGGAGCUCCCAGCCAACGUGAGCAGGGCCGAGGAGGUUUUGCAGUGCAAGCUGCAGGCCUUCCAGUCCUUGCGGCGCCUGGAGAAAAGCAGCGCCGUGUUGGGUCAGUACCAGGCGUACGCCAGCCAAGUGCAGGACGAACUGCAGAAGGCACAAGACUACAUCAGCACAACACCAACCUUUGCAGGUGUGCUGGUUCACAGUGACAACCUGCGGUGGGAAGGGGUCCCUUUCCUCCUCACUUCUGGGAAAGCUCUGGAUGAACGGGUAGGUUAUGUCCGUGUUCUCUUCAAGAACCGGGCCUACUGCACCCAGAGCGAGACUCUGAGGGACGCAGGACACAGCCAGUGUAAAGCCAAGCAGAUCAUCUUCUACAUCGGGCACGGCGCGCUCAACACCCCCGCGGUGCUUGUGAGCAGGAACCUUUUCAGGCCCGUCAUGCCAGAAGGCAGCUGGAGAGAAGCGGUGGGUCAGUCAGACUUGCACAUUUUUGGACAACCGUUGUCUGAUUACUACGUGUACAGGCCUGUGAAAGAGAGAGACGCGUAUUCUGUCCUCAUCUCCAACAUCUACCAUGGCAGGAAGGACUUCUUCAUUACCACCGAGAACCUGCUGGCCUCCUGGGCGUUCUGGACACCACUCCUGGACAGCAUUUCCUACCAGCCCCUGCGCCUCUACCCGGGGGGCGUGGAGAACCAGCACCUCUUAGACUUUGAAAUGGUGAGCGGGGAGGUGGCAUUCACAGUGGCAGAGCCAGUGGAACUGCUGAACCCCAACAGGCUGAUGCCAAGUGAUUAUAGGACGAUUCAGUCCAAAUUUCGGCAAAGUCCCCUGGUGUCAGCGUGGUCUGAAGACCUGAUUUCCCAGCUGGCUUCUGACAUCGAGAAGACAGCAAGGAGGACCGUGGCGCACUCUGGCCAGUUCCACCUGGCCCUCUCAGGUGGCUCAAGCCCCGUGGUCCUAUUCCAGCGGCUGGCGAGACACCAUUACACCUUCCCAUGGAAGCACACCCACAUCUGGCUGGUAGAUGAACGCUGUGUCCCUCUCACCGACACCGAAUCCAACUUCUUCAGCUUGCACAACCACCUCCUCCAGAACGUCAGGGUGCCCUACUUCAACGUCCACCCCAUGCCUGUGCACCUGAACCAGCGGCUCUGCGUGGAGGAGGACAGAGGCACGGAGCUGUACGCCAAGGAGAUCGUAGCCCUGGUGGCCAACGCCAGCUUCGACCUGGUGCUGCUGGGGGUGGGCAGCGAUGGCCACACUGCCUCGCUCUUCCCCCGCUCCGACAACGGCUUGGAAGGGGCUCAGGCUGUGGUGCUGACUGAAAGCCCUGUCAAACCUCACCAACGGAUGAGCCUCAGCCUACCGCUCAUCAACAAGGCCAGGCAGGUGUUUGUCCUGGUUUUGGGGAAGGGUAAGCACGACAUCACCACGCUGCUCAGCAGAGUGGGCCACGAGCCAAGGAAAUGGCCCGUCUCGGGUGUCAGCCCCAGCUCCGGCCAGCUGGUGUGGUACGUGGACUAUGAAGCUCUGCUUGGGUGAUGCCACAGUGUCCAUCCUCCCCUUACAGCCUGGAUUUUCCUACACGACGUCCAUGUUUCUCUGUUGCCAGCAGCAGCUUCAUCUCUAACAGACUCCUCUGACCUCCUGGGAGAUCCGUGGCCUGCAGUGCCUCUGACAUUUGAGCCUGGAAAGGAGCUCAGCUCAGUGUGCAGAGCUGUGGAGGAACCAAGAGCCAAGUGCAGCAUUUCUGGCUCUGCUGGGGGUUCUGACUGUGACUUUGGGCAAAUUACCUCACCUUGAAGUGCCUCAGUUUUCCCCUGUCAGGCCUUUGUGGUUAUUAGCAUUUAACUACCUCGCAGGCACUACGGGAAACUUGUGGAAUACCUGCCAAUUUUUGUUUUCUUUUUGUAAAUUCUCAGGCUAGAAGACAAUAAUAACGUGUUCAUCACUGACCUGCCCAGUCUGGCAGAGGCAGAGUUGUUGUCUCAGUAAAAUGAUGGUUCUGUGCACAUCUGUAGCCUUGUCUGUACAGCCCAGACACCGCCUGUGGCCGCGCUCUCCUGGGAGCAGGGACACCCCUCUGCCCUUGUGGCGUGUGGCCCCUAAAUGCUGCCACCGAUUUGGGGGCUCAGUGCAGUCCCGAGUCUUUGCAAAUUGCCCAGCAGCAGAGGCUGAGUUUACAGGCAGUAAUUUGCUGCUUUCAUUAAGUGCAUAGCUGGUACCGUGGGGGAUGGAGAAGGCAGACACUUUGCUUUUUAGGCUGUUAGAAUAAUGGGGACAGGGUGAGGGAUGUGGCAGUGCACAGAGCUGUUUUUUGCCUGCAGUGCAAUAAUUAUUGAGUGAAAAGUGAAAAGCUUGGUGUUAGACGAGUUGUUUGGGUUUAGCCAGCAAAGAAAUGCUUCUUUUAACUGUCUUUGUCUCAUUCUCCGAAAUGAACUUUUCUCUGUCCUCAGAAUUGAAGCUUGCAGUGCCAUUCAGUGGCUUAUAAAAUUUCUGUGGGAGGCACCUUUAUAAGCUAUUGACAUAUCCGUCAUUACAGCACACACUGAGGUGGUUACGGUGUUUGCGGAUGGUGGUGGUGGGGUUUGAUCUCAAGGAUGCUGACAUAAGGGGAGGGAAUUUUCUCUGUACAUAUCUCUUGGGCACACGGAACUAGGAAAUUGCACCUCUGACAGGACAGUUUAAGGGGUUAUAGAAACGUAUAGUUCUGUUGCUCACAGGAAGGGUUGGAGACAUCACAUCCUACCUAGAUACCCCACUCUCCCCUUCCUAAUUUUCACCUUCCUAGAAUGCACAAGGGGUGUCUCUCUGCUUUCAUGAUAUCCCCAAAUCCUCCAUGAUCUUAAAUCCUCCCCUGCGCAAGGAUCUGUAGAAUCUAGUGAUGGAGACGCAAAUCCGGGUACAAAUAGGUGCUACAUUCUGAGAGCACAUGAAUCAAGGCGGGCAGGUCUAUACAGCCUGUGCUCCCACGUGUCCAAGUUGUUGCCUUUCAGUAUAAUGCUUCUCUUAAUGCAGAAAUCAGACUUGUCUUCUGCUAAUCAGUCAGGUAAAGGUGCGCUGAGCAAGCUCUGGAGAGCCUGUUCCCUACCAGCAGCCCCUGGGCAGACAGGGCAGGGAGAACAUCACCUGGCAGAAGCUGCGCGCAGCACGGAAAGGCCAAAUUCCCAGGGACGGGCUGUGAUUUCUGGCAGACACCUUGCAGAUGGUCCAGAAAAGCCGCCUUUUAUAUAGUCUGUGUGACUAAAGCGAGUUGUGCUGAUGCACAUCGCUUUGCUUUUGCGUGGGAGAGGAGGCGUUGCGGUGGUGCGGCGUUCGCAAAGGCUCAGGCGCUGAAGAGCCACAAGUGCCUUCACUGGUCUGGUUUGACAAGCGGGAUGGCUGGUUUUCCAUCUUCUGUGGGUGUUUGUGAAUAAGUCGCUCCUCCCUGUUCCGUGGUUUAGCUCCAGCACAAACACCAGAGGGUGCAGAUCAAUAAGAGGGGAGCGGAGGAAAGCAGGAGGCAGGUGGGCGCUGCGGGUCCCUUGGUGCGGGACUUGUCUUUGCAGUGGAUUUGCUGACAGUGGAGUCUGGAAUAAGAGCGUACGCCGAGCAGUUACCAUCUUUGUAGAUGGGUGCGCGCAAGCACUGGCUCCAAAAUACACCACAGUGGCUGAAACAGCCAUGCAGAGGAAGAUGCUUUAGGUCUGGUAUGUUUAAACAUAUAUAUAUAUAUAUAUUUUAAAAACAAAAAUAGCCAUGUUAACUUAAUUCCAGUUCUUUUGUAUUUGGUGUGAGGGAACAAACGUUAAUGAAAAUUUACCUAUGUGCGAAUAAAUAUAUAAUUAUGAAUGACAGAAUUUAUUAUGACUACUUUACUGUGGCAUUGGUGUUUUCUUAUUUCUGCACAGUUUCUUGCUAAUAUUUGGCUGGCACAUUUUGCAAUAAACAUUGAUUUGAGAGACGUUUAUUUGCACUUUUAACUAAGCAGGUGUGUUUUCCCCAGAGAGCAGCUCUUCUUUCCAGCUGAAAAUAAGGUCCAUUUGCAAAGUCUCUAAUGAGUCACCCCCAAAUUCAUCCUAGAUGUUAUUAAAAUACAGUAAAUUUUACACCCGUUUUCCUCUUUGGGUUGUUUGGGGGUUUUUUAGAAGUUUAUUUGUCAAAUGAAAACCAAAUAUUUUAAAAUAUAUAAAAUUUGUGACUGCAGAGGGGAAGAAGGGUUAAACAAGCAGCAAAUCUGAUGAGGAAGAAUGGUAGAAAUCCACUGGGCUAUAGGCCAAGGCAGCAGUGCUAUUUUUAUUUUGUGAAAGCUAUUAAUAGGUGUGCACCUCCUUAGAGCUGGUAUUAACCUUUCUUUGCAAAAACAACUCCAUGGAGUAACAUCUUAUAGUCUGUUUCUCCCAUAAGUGAUUAGUGAUACCAAUGUUUGGUUUUUAAGUGCAUUCCUAGCAUUCAAUGGUAUGAUGAUUUAUAUGUUUUACAGAAAACUAACACUGGAAGUAAAUAAUUUUUCACUUCAACUUUUGUACAUUGACUUAUAAAGUCUUAUUUUCCCAUGAGUAAAGUUUUGUGAUUCCUUUCAUGUUGUGUAAUGGAGAAUUAUAUUUAUGAAAAAUAAAUAGUUUUUAACAAAA